ACAUUAAGUGUAUGUAGGGUCUGGAGAUGGGAUCGGCUGACGGCGGGUUGAGCAAACUCCACCCAGCUGACAGGAUCCCUGGCAGGCGGAGCGGGGAGCUGCUUGCUCCGAAAGGGCUCGGGCUGGUUGGUCGGGACGCUUGACAAGUCCCGCAGAAAACUUGAGAGGGGCAAAGUCCAGCCUGAGUGUGAGGGAGACAGAGUGGAAGUUGAUGUGUGAGAGCGUGCUGGGGACAUAACCACAUGUAAUUUUAAAGAAAUGCUCCAAAGAUGGCGGUGGUAAUAGCGAGUGGAGUUUCAGGUGCCUCCGGAGUGCAAAAAAGUGGAUUUGUGGAGGUUUUGGUGCGGGAGCGUUGGCACAAAGUUUUGGUCAGCUUGAACGAGGAAGCGCUCACGUUAAGUUGCGAGGAAAGCUGCGUUAACGACAACGUGAACGACAAUGUCAACUCCAACGGCGUUACCAACGGAUCUUACCUUGACAACAACAACACCAACUCCAACAACGGCCCCCAAACUGUGCGCACCGCGUUCACGGACCUCCCGGAGCGAGUGCCCGAGGCGAUCGCCAACAGAAAGCGGUGCGUUAAGGUGACCAAGCAGGAGAUCGGGGGACUUGGGAUCAGCAUCAAAGGUGGGAAGGAGAAUAAAAUGCCUAUCCUCAUCAGUAAAAUAUUCCAGGGGCUCGCAGCGGACCAGACCCAGGCUCUGUAUGUCGGGGACGCCAUCCUGUCCGUGAAUGGCGUGAACUUGCGGGACGCGACCCACGACGAGGCUGUGCAGGCGCUAAAACGGGCCGGGAAGGAGGUGACACUGGAAGUGAAGUACAUGCGCGAGGCCACACCGUACGUGAAAAAGGGCUCCCCUGUGUCUGAGAUCGGCUGGGAAACCCCUCCUCCUGAUUCUCCCCGUCUCGGCAGCCCUCCCAUCACCUCCUCAUCUGAACCUCCGAGCUCUCCUGCCCAGCCCUCCCUGUCUCUGCAGGGCGACAGGAGGUGCAUACCCCUCAAGAUGUGUUGUGUAACCCGAGCCAUGACCACACCAGACCCUGAGAACAGACAACUAGAGUUGCACUCCCCGGACGCUAGGCACACUGUGGUGCUGCGUUGCUCAGACCAACCAUCUGCCCUGUCCUGGUUCACUGCCAUGCACUCUGUCACAUCCACACUGGCACAGCGGGCGCGGGCAGAGGUUAUCCAGAACACAGCCAGGACGGGGGUAGCUGGCAGCAAAGAGAUACGACACCUGGGAUGGCUGGCUGGGAAGACAGAGAGUGAGAAGCAGUGCUGGAAGCCGGUGCUGGUGGUGGUGACGGAGAAAGACCUUCUGCUGUAUGAGACUUUACCACGAGGCAAGGAAGCCUGGCAGAGCCCUGCACACACUCAUCCACUGUUAGCAACGCGUCUGGUACACUCUGGCCCUGACCGGGGGUCGCCGCGUUCUGGUACAGAGCUGUUCUUUGCCACUCGGACUGGCACACGACUCGGCAUUGAGACUCACCUGUUUCGGGCUGAGACCACCAAGGAUCUGUCCCUCUGGACCAGACACAUAGUCAACGGAUGUCACGCCUCAGCUGAGAUGAUCAAAGAAGUCACGACGAGUUGUCUUUACCAGAGUCAGGAAUGCCGGCUGGUGAUUCACUACGAACAGGGCUUCUCUGUGCUGGCUGACCCCAAACUAGGAGACGGGGAGGAGAGGGGAGCUCACACACCCACCAGGCCCAGAGUGCUCCUCUCCUACCCCUACGAAAAACUGAAGUUGUCCUCAGAUGACGGAGUUCGCAUGCUCUUCCUUGACUUUGGAGGGAAGGAGGGGGAGAUUCAACUGGACCUCCACUCUUGUCCGAAGCCGAUCGUCUUUAUCCUCCACUCCUUCCUCUCUGCUAAGAUCUCCCGCCUGGGUCUGGUGGCCUGACCUCUCUAAAGGGACAUUUCAUCUCUUUUGAAAACAGAAAUCCACCUUGUUUCUCCACCUCUCUGCAGCCCGCAUGCAGUAGUACACCACGUCAAACGCUGUCAGUCGGGGACCCAAGCUGAGUGAAUGUAGCCUCUAUUGACCUUUUUUGGGGUCUCCAAGUUAAAGAAACACUGGAGAAACCAAUUCAGGUUGGUUUUGCUUUGGGUGAAAUGAACAGAUUAUUUUGGGGGAUAAACCCUCCCUUUAAGGGCUGCAAGGACUGAAGUGUUGACUGAAGAACCACAGAAGAAAACAGGGACUGGACUAGAAGCAGUGGGAUGAUAUAUACAGAGGGACACAGAUUGGGCAUUACUGUCACGUCCUGGACAUGUGCAGUACGGUUGAGAUGAAUUUACUUUUAAUUCAAUCAAGAUGUAAUGGCAAACUGCCUUCCAUUCACCAAUUAUUUAAUUUAUUCACCAUUAGCUCUGAAAGAACAUUCUGAAUUUCACUUGGCCAUUUUUCUUCACCAAACAUUUGACACACUCUGGAAAAACUUUAUGCAUUUGUCUUUGUUAGUGUCUCCUGAAAUGUCUUGUUAGCGCUGUCAGCAUUCAUCAUUGAAAGUGGCGGGCACAAUCACCCACACAGUUUCCCACAAAGACAGCUGACUCAAAUUCAGAAUGUCAUAGUAUUCUUUUAACAGGUUGCAUACUGUGACCACCCCGUGGUCAAAGUAUUCCAGUGUUUAACAGUGAUCUGAAGUCAGUUCUAAUGUCUUCAAGUAUAUCUUCUUUUAAACCCUCAGAUUCAGUUAACAUGAAUUAUAAUAUACUCAAGCAUUCAGAUUUUUUUCAUCACAUUUAAAUUCCACAUACUAUAUAUCACUCAAAAACUCAGCAUUUACUAUUGUGUUUCUGAUACAUACAACUGUGUUCCACAGAAAUAGGGGUCAUUCUAAUGUUCCAAUGGUCCUUUGUUCCCCAGCUCUAAAUUGUACUGACACAGGUCUUAGUCUUAGUCUAGAUAAUAGUUACUAUUUUGUAUGUAGGAAAAAGUCCCAAACAUAUUUCAGCCCUAAAUGCAGAAGAAAAACAAAAGAUGAAAAAGGGACAAAAAUUAUUCUGAAACUUUUUAGGGUUAGGAAAUCAAAAGUAGUUGGCAAUUGCCAUUUUCAAACAGGUUAAGAUUAGGAAAGAGGAAAGGGUGAAAACUAUUUCUGAAAUAUUUUAAUUUAAAACAGGUCAAAUUUGUUAACAGAAUAUUGAACUUGGGAACAUAGGACCAUGGCACCAUAGAUACAUUCCCAAAUACUACAUAUUAUGCAUUAAAGUGUAUGAUCUCUAAAUAGUACCAUAAACAAACAAUCAGGUAAUGUUUAGAAUACACAUUUUGACUAAAUCAUUUAAAGCAAUAGUUUGAUCUUUUAGGGAAAUGCACUUUUUCAUGUUCUCGCCAAGAGUUAAAUUAGAUGAUCUACAGCCAGUAGCCGGUUAGCUUAGCUUUACGUAAUGACUGGCAACAGAGAAACGGCUAGCUAGUUGAGCUAGUUACUCACUGAGCUUUAGAGAUGCUGGUAGGUGGAUUUUGUUACCUUCGGACAAGCUAGCCGUUUCCUGGGUUUUUGCUCAUCUAUCCAGCUACUAGCUGUUGUCUUAUAUUUAACAGACAGCUGUGAGAGUGGUAUCAAUAUUCUCAUCUAACUCACAGCAUGAAAGCCAGUAAAUGUAUUUCCCAAAAUGUUUAACUAUUCCAGAAAUGGUCUGCACUCUGAUCAGACAUGAUGAAGCUGUUCAAUCCUUCCUCCUUUCAGAGUGGACAGUGAACUGUUUGAUACUCUCUGAAGAACUGUCACAUUUGCCAAACUGCCAUGAGUACUUCUAAUAUUCAUAUUUUGAAAACUGAAACGCAACAGUGCCACAGUCACCCCUUCAAGUAUUAUUUGUCUUUCAUUAUAGCAAGGUAGCCAUGAUAGGAGUCCUCAAUCCUCCUUCAGCCAGUGCAGGUCAUUAUUGUGUUGGGAUGUUAUGCAGCAGAUCAAAUCUGUAUAGUACUCUGCACUGUCUGUGACAUGGCUGGCUGCCGCGGUCUUUCCUCCUGCCUUCAGAUGACAGAGAAGAAGACAUUUGAAACAUUUGAAUUUUGAACGAAAUUAAUCAUAGAGAUCAAAGGAUGGAGCAACUUUCUUCUAUAAUGGCUACUUUACUUUUAGUUAUGAGUGCAGAAAUACAACCAACCAGCAGUAAUUUUGUGUUUGCUCUUUUCUUACAUCAAGGAAAUAUCAAACACACAUUUCCAACAACACACACACACACACACACACACACACACACACACACACACACACACACACACACACACACACACACACACACACACACACACA